UGUCUUUCUCUUCCUGGCCGGCCAGGAACAUGACUUGGGAUCAAUCACUACCUGGCUUCUCCACACACAGCCUGCUUCUGGGCCAGGGUUGAUCUGAGGCCCUGUUUGGAUAUUGUUUAAAGUGGCAGCUUUGCUCAGAAAGGUCAGUGUGAGAGACCAGAACAAAGAGAUCUUUCAAGCCGCCCUCUCACGGGACUCGGAAAAGCCCCAGCUCUACCUGGCACGAUUAGCGUUAGCUCAGGCUAGUGGGAGAAACCAUCUGAUUUCCCAUUUCCUGGAGGGAUGAGCUGAGGCAGAAGGGUGUUCCCAGCAUCUUAGAACAGGUCAAGGCCUGUUGAGAGCCUGAAUCUCUCCCCAUACAGCCCUGGCCACUGAAGCCUCUGUAUUGGUUUUUCUCUUUAUGUGUAUUCAAUAAAAAUUGGGAUUUACCCAAAAGAUGCCCAAGGGUAAUUAUUUGCUGUGCUAAAGAAUUCCUGGGAGCUUAUUGAGAUACCAGAAUCCCUUACAGAUUUGAAAAUAGUAAAAUUACACAACUUUUGGGACAUAGGAUCUUGUGAAGAUGCAGUUCUGAUUCCUUAAUUGUGUGUGUAUUGGGGGGAGGCAGGAUCCCUGAGAGCCUGCAUUUCUCUGAAUCCCCUGGGCGAUGCCAGUGCCGCCGGUCUGGGAGCCCUCUUCCAGUGUUGAUGAUGUGGAGACUAAAGGCAGGGAGAGAACAGUCCUUGGGCUGGAGUGGGAAAGAGAGACCAUAGUCCCUCUUGGCUCUGGGCUCCUGGUAGCAGCCUGGGCCAGGCUGCCAGGGAGGAAGCUGGCAGGGAGUCCACAGAGUGGAAAAUCACCCACAAGUCCCAGGAGCUACCAGCUGUCUCUGGGCCAUAAGGCCCUGGGGCAGUCCCAGGGUGCAGCCCCUAGGUCCAGCCUUGCCCCAGCCUGUGGCCAUUGGCCCAGCUUCCUGGGCAUUGCUCUCCUACAGACUUCCCAGAGCCAGCCAGUCCUGCUCUCUUCCGGGAGCUCAUGCAGUCUGCCUUUUCUGUCUCCUGGUGGUGGCUGAUGUUGAGCUCUCCCCUCAGCUGGCCUGGCCGACAGCCUGCUGUCCAACUCUGGGUUCUUUUCUAAGGCAGAGGCCUCAGUGGGACUGAAGGGCCUCUCCUGCAGACUCCUCCUACUUGGGCUCCUGGGGACUGCCAGUCUGUCCCUGGGUGUGAUUUGUCUAUGGGGAAUCCUGCUUAUAUGUCCCCUGGGGAGGCAGGGGCUGGUGGAAGGCGAAAGAUGGACUUAGAGCUGGAAGAUCCCCUCAGGUACUACUGGCCCUUGCCCCCUACUCAUUCGGUCCCAAACUUCAAUGCAAAAUAAUGUGGCAAAUGAAAACAUAAUGUAAUGUCAUCUUUAGGACCCAAACUAAAAGGAGAAAGGAAAAUAACUAAUAUUUAGUGAGCCUCUACCACAUGCCUCGGUGCGUUUGGGCUUCACGUAUGUUCAUCUUCCUGACCGCACUAUGAGUAAGUGAGGAAUCCUCCUAUGGAUGGGAGAUGAGAAUCAGAGUGGCUGCUUCACUUUCCCAAGAUCACAGAUUCAGAAUCUGGCUGCAAAGCUGGACUUUCCAUGUCAAGUUGUCCCUUCUGGAACCUGGCUUCUUACUUAGCAUAGGGGAAGUGGAAGACACUGAGGAUCAGGUAAACCAGUGGUUUUCAAAACUGAAUGUUCAUUGGAAGCCCCUGAGGACUUGAUAAAGCCCAGACUGCCGGGCUCUGCCCCAGAGUUUCUGAUACAGUGGGUCUGGAGUGAGGGCCUCAGACUUUGCAUUGUUAAUAAGUUCCCAGGAUGCUGAUGCUGCUGGUUCAGGGACCACACUUUGAGAACCUGUGGUCUAAUCUAUUCUUUGCCAAGCUCUACCUCUAGUGAUACACAAGAUGGCUUUGAGUGAUAUACAGACUAACUUUUUAUAAGUACUUCUAUAUUUAAUACCUAUUUCCAAAAAAAAAACCCCUAGCAUACCAAAUCCCUAAUUUCAGGUAUUUUUUUGUGAAGGUAUUUACUAAAGUAAAAAAGAAGAUGUAAAGGAAAGUAUUGCAUAAAUAAUAACACUGAUGGUGUGCAGCUAGUAGCAACAAUUGCAAAUGUGAUAUGCAGAUGACAGAAAUCUAGGAGACACUGUCCAAACUGGAGUCCUGAUUUUGUAGAGGAGGAGACGGUACACAGCCCACAGGUGAGCCCCUCCUCAGGCUACAUGGCAUCUGUAGCAGUACCCAAACUUGACUCAUCUCUAAGGGCCCCGUGGCUUCCUGUCCUGUUUGCCCCUCUUGGUUCUUCAGAAGCUCUGGACAGACUAGGAAAGGUCGUUGUGACUCUGACUCUAUCCCAGGGUCUUUACCUCCAUUCUCAGCCCCACAAACGAGGAUCUGUGUUUAUAAUGUUAGUCGUUUGCACAUUUUUACUUUCUUCUCUGAAACCAGAGGUUCCCAGAAGGCAGGGACUUGGUCUGCAAAUUUUUCUUUUUAUGGCCCCAUACCCCAAAGCUCCUAGGAAUCUGUUUUGUGCAUGAAAGUUGCGGGAGGGGCUCCUUGACUUCCCUAGCUGCCACCUUUGGCUCUUCACCCCUCUGUAGUCUUUCACUUCUGAAUUUGACCACCCGGCAGCCUCUGCUUUCCCUGUGAGCUGUGAUCCAGGGAACCCCCACAGGAAAUGAGAAGGGUGGUGCUCAAACAUUUGCUGAGCACAUGCUGUGUGCCAGGAGCUGUGCUAGUGCUGAGCUUCAGCAGCAGGACUGGAGCCCUGCCCUUGGAGAGCACAGCGCACCAAGGGUCAGCCCAUGAAUGGAAACUGACCACACAGUGUCAAGCUUCAGAAGAGGAAUUAACAGGGUGCAAGAGGGACACAGGCAAAAAGGGUGAGCAUGGGGAGGAGUUUGGGCUGGCUGCAAAGAGGAAGUGAUAUUGGAAAGGCUUUCUGAGGGUGAAUGAGGAAGGGCUGUUUAAGGCAGUGGGAGGAGCCUGUGCCAAGACUUGACAUAGGUCACCUGGGUCCGUUGUUCAAAAUGGACCUGAGUGGCAGGAGAUGAGAUGGGAGAGAGGCAAGGGGGCAGUCCCUUCAGCCCCGCGAUACCUUGCUGAGGACCUAGACUGGAUUCUGAACAUCGUGAAAGGGAUGAGAGAGCUCCGGGAGGUCCUACGCACCGUGGAGACCAAAGCAACUCAGAACUUCAAAGUGAUGGCGGCCAAGCAUCUGGCGGGGGUCCUGCUACAUUCCUUGAGUGAGGAGUGUUACUGGAGCCCCCUGUCCCUCCCACUGCCUGAGUUCAUGAGCAAGGAGGAGAACUCCUUCAUCACGCAGGCCCUGCGGAAGCCUCACCUCUACGAAGGAGACAACCUCUACUGCCCGAAGGAUAAUAUUGAGGAAGCCCUCCUGCUGCUCCUCAUCAGUGAGUCCAUGGCUACCCGAGAUGUGGUGCUGAGCCGAGCACCGGAGCAGGAGGAGGACCGGGCAGUGAGCCUGCGGAACGCUGCGGCCAUCUAUGACCUCCUGAGCAUCACGCUGGGCAGGAGAGGCCAGUACGUCAUGCUCUCUGAGUGCCUGGAGCGAGCCAUGAAGUUUGCCUUUGAAGAAUUUCACCUUUGGUACCAAGUGGCCCUCUCCAUGGUGGCUUGUGGGAAGUCAGCCUACGCCGUGUCUCUGCUGCGGGAGUGCAUGAAGCUUCGGCCCUCGGACCCCACUGUGCCCCUGAUGGCCGCCAAGGUCUGCAUCGGGUCCCUGCAUUGGCUGGAGGAGGCAGAGCACUUUGCCACAAUGGUGAUAGACCUGAGGGAAGAAGCUGGGGAGUUCCUCUCCAAGGGCUACCUGGCACUGGGUCUCACCUACAGCCUGCAGGCCACUGACGCGACUCUGAAAUCCAAGCAAGACGAAUUGCACCGGAAAGCACUGCAGACACUGGAGAGAGCCCAGCAGCUGGCGCCCGGUGACCCCCAGGUCAUCCUCUAUGUCUCCCUGCAGCUGGCCCUCGUCCGCCAGAUCUCCAGUGCCAUGGAGCAGCUGCAGGAGGCCCUGAAAAUGUGCAGGGAUGAUGCCAACGCCCUCCACCUGCUGGCACUCCUCUUCUCUGCCCAGAAACACUACCAGCAUGCCCUGGAUGUUAUCAACAUGGCCAUCACAGAGUAUCCAGAGAACUUCAACCUGAUGUUCACCAAGGUGAAGCUGGAGCAGGUCCUGAAAGGCCCGGAGGAAGCCCUUGUGACCUGCAGACAAAUGCUGCGGCUGUGGCAGACCCUGUACAGCUUCUCCCAGCUGGGAGGCCUGGAAAAGGAUGGGAGCCUCGGCGAGGGUGUCACACUGAAGAAGCAGAGUGGCAUGCAUCUGACUCUGCCCGAUGCCCAUGAUGCAGACUCCGGGUCUCGGCGCGCAUCAUCCAUCGCAGCCUCCCGGCUGGAGGAGGCCAUGUCAGAGCUGACUAUGCCGAGCUCAGUCCUGAAGCAGGGCCCCAUGCAGCUGUGGACCACGCUGGAACAGAUCUGGCUCCAGGCUGCUGAGCUGUUCAUGGAGCAGCGACACCUCAAGGAAGCGGGUUUCUGCAUCCAGGAGGCAGCGGGCCUCUUUCCCACCUCACACUCGGUACUCUACAUGCGGGGCCGGCUAGCCGAGAUGAAGGGCAGCUUGGAGGAGGCCAAGCAGCUGUACAAGGAGGCACUCACGGUGAACCCCGACGGUGUGCGCAUCAUGCACAGCCUGGGUCUGAUGCUGAGUCGGCUGGGCCACAAGAGUCUGGCCCAGAAGGUGCUGCGGGACGCCGUGGAGAGGCAGAGCACCUGCCACGAGGCCUGGCAGGGUCUGGGCGAGGUGCUGCAGGCCCAGGGCCAGAGCGAGGCCGCCGUCGACUGCUUCCUCACUGCCCUCGAGCUGGAGGCCAGCAGCCCAGUGCUGCCCUUCUCCAUCAUCCCCAGAGAGCUGUGACAUUGCACAGCAGCAGCAGGGUGGGAGGGGGCUGCCCUAAGGAGUGGGGGGCAGGCAGAUGCAGGCAGGCAGCAGGGAGUACAGGGCAGGGGUGAUGUGGGACCUCAGAAAAAUACAUCUCUAGGGAACACUUCUGCAGGCUGCAGCCCUACUUCUCCUCGCCUCCCCCACUCCAGCCCUGCUUUCCUUCCAGGGACAGCUGGGUCCGGGAGCUGCUCUUCUGGAGCUGGGUGGACCAGAUUUGCAUCAAAAGCAAAUUCUUUGCUCCUUGGGAUUCAGACCGACAUUGUGGCGUUUAUGAGCAAGGAAGUAGCUGGGAAGCCACAUCAGCAUGGGGGCAUCUCUAAAUGUGUUUGUGCAUCAUCUAAAUGUGCAGUAAGGGUCUGGGUCUCUUAGGUACUUCCCCCCCCCCCCCGUCCCCCACUGUCUAGAAGCCCCCAUACUAUACCUACCACCCUCCACAUCCCUGACCCUAGAUUUUCCAGUGACUGCACAGGUUAUUAGCCUUGAACUUCAGCUCCCUGUUCUCCAACACCAAAGAUGAGCGCCACAAGCUGCCCUCUGACUAGGCCACGAGGGUUUUCCCCUGUUCCUGACUCGGUGCCUCGAGAGAUGGUAUGCUUGGACCCUAAGUGACUUACAGAGAUAGUGACCAGACUUGCUUCCCAAGAGCACAGGUUGGGGAGCCUUACAGCUGAACUUUACCUCCACCUGUGCCUCUGUGCCCAGGGAGCCCCAGGGUCCUGGUCUCAGCCCCAGUCUCACUACAGGGUUUUAGGUAAUUCUCAGGUCUUGCCCAGAGCAGUCUGGGCUUGAAGAUUCUGCUGGCAAAUGGGAAGAAGUUAGGAUCUCUGGGUCCCUCUCCCAGGUUUGAGUAAUUGGAGGAUGCCCAGCUUUGCCCCUCUUUGCCCUGUGAGGCCAGUUGGGCCCCACUGCUCUUCCCCUCUGCUGCCAAGUGCCUUUUGGGCCUCUGGUGCCUGACCAGGGGCACCGAGCACUAUCCCUAACUCCACUUCCAUUUCUGCCAUACUCACCUUUCUGGGAAUAUUCCCCCAAUGGCCCCCCUAGGCUCUAGAUCCUAGGAUACAAACAUGGCAGCUGGACCCAGUUCUUCCUAAUACUUUGCAUCAACAUGCUCCUUCAAGCCUUAAGUUUCUGGGCUAUGGGUACAAUGCAGAACCCUCUGAGGACAAUGGUAUGAAGAAGGGCAGUCUCUAGGACUGACCCCAGCACAUCUCACCACCCACAGCCCAUUGCCACUUCAGGCUUUUAUGGGUGACCCGACCCCCACCCCCAUCCUGCCCGUCAACCUGGCCAUUUGGCUCCCCCCGCCUGGGGCCCAGUGGGGACUGUGGAGACCAAGGAGGGGACAGAGCAGAUCCUUGUCAGCAGGGGACCUGGGGCUGGGGGAUUGGGUAUCUUCCCUGUCAAUUCCCCUAGCCCUGCUGUAUGAUGCUCUUGGAAUUCUCCCCCAAGAAGUCAGCCCCUCCAGCCUAUCAGGGAAUUCCUUUUUUCUCUGCACUUUGGGUUUUAGUUUUAAAGCUCCGUCUGGUACGUCUUUCUCAUCUUAAGAUGAGAGUGUGUGGACAUACUGGGCAAGGGCCACCCUGGUUUGACAUUGCCGAGUCUGCUCCUCAGUGGGAGACCUGUCCUCCUCACCUCAGUGGCUCAGUACUGCACACCCCCAGGGGCCUCCCAGAGAGGGCCUGCCCCUCCUGGCCUUCCCACUCCUUAAGGAGCACUGCAGAGGACACCGGAUCCUUCACCGCUUGGUUGAAGGAUCUCUGUCUCGAUGUGCGCAUGUAUAAAUAUAAUAUAUAUGUGUGUGUGUGUGUGAUAGAGAUCUAUUUUUAUCUGAAAUUCUAUUAGGAAAAAAACUAAACAGAAAAAGCAAAUGCUAUUGAUUUGCCUCAGGGUGCCCAAAGAUUGGUAGUCAGUUAUUGGUAAUAGGAAAGGCACCAAAUGCAUUUUGGCUUGCAACGUUCCUCUGGAGAAGCCUCAGAGGGCUGGGCCAAGCUGCUGGCAGUUUGAAAUAAAGGUCUUGGAUAAAGAGA